CGCCAGUCUGAUACGUUGUGUCGUGGCAAACGUGUCUAUUUCGGUUCGAUCGGUAGUAAACUACUGUGCAGCCCCCGUGUCGCAUUUUUUAUUGAACUUAAUUAGCAACGCUGAGCGUGCGUUUCACCCGUAACAGAGUGGAAUAUCUGAGCAAAACGAACUAAGGAGUGUGAUGAUUUUUGGGCCUUGUCAAGGUCUCAGUGUAGGACUUUUGAUGUGGAUUUCGAUUAAAUAUUGAAGUGAAUGCUACCCGUGAGCAUGAACGUCGCAUUUGCCUAUCGUUACACCUGGAAUCGCGAGAUUGUCUUCAACUCACAAAAGCUGGUUAAGAGACGGCCGAAAACUGUUGCAUGAGAGCUGGGGAGUAUUUUCUUCGGGAGGAUAUUAUCGCAGCUGGAAAACUGGAAUACGGAGUAAGGACAUCGUUGGAUAGAGGGCACCACGUGGAACUUUCUUUUCAGCGGUUAGAAAGCGUACCAGAGAAAAAGAGAGAUUAAGCAAUAUAUCGAAUUUUGUUUUUGGCAUCAGUGAUCUGAGGCAAAUUUAAAUUAUAUCUGUGAUCUAAAAUUGCUGUGUUAUUUGUGAAGUUUUGUUGUUCAGUAAUAGUUAAAAAAAGUAACUCGAAAUAGCAUGAAUUGAUUGAACCUAUCGAUACUCUCUCUAUCACUCUGUACACUCGAAAAAUUGCAAUUCUUUUCUCUGAACUAUAUUUCCUUACGAUUCGAUAAAGGACUUCUUUGAAUGAGGAACAGUUGUGAAUGUCAGACCAAUUUAUUCUAAUAUCGUGAAUCAACAAAAUCGAUAGUCAAUUAGCCAUAUUUUGAAUUUCUAGCUGUAAUCAUAUUACUGUAGGUGUUAUUCCCCUGUUCUUCGACACCGAGAACAGGCGCGAGAGUUUCGAUACAGAAAAGCUCCGGCGUGCUUAGCGACCUCCAUCGCUACGAUAAAAAAACCGUCCCAAUACACUAGCAAGCUUGUGUUGAGCUUCCUGGCCGUGUCGGUGAGACCCGGUUAAUAAAUAAUUUAACCAAAUAAGUAACCAGCACUACGCAGCAGAAAACAGCGCGACAGAAAAUACUCCUAACUCAGCAACAGUACAUGGCCUGGGAAGCCACGAUCGCACCGGCCAGCGCAAUGAACGUUUACGAUCAAUGGCUCGGUGAGAAGUUGAAAUUGCCCCAUCUGGUGGGCGGUAGCUAUGUCUCGCCUACACCGGUCAUCGGUCCCGAAAUCGGCCCAUUCUCCCACCAGCAAAAACCGGAGAAAGUGCAGAACACCGAGGACCUGCUGAUGGAAUUUGAUUACGUAUAUGAGAACGUCGAGUUGACUCAUUUGACACCGCCACAAACACCACCACAGGAGGCAAACUUCGUUGGUCAGUCGGAACCGCAACCGGCACUGUUUUUGCCGUUGUCUGCACACCCGCCACAACAGCAGCACCAGCCGGAGGUCGUCCCUGUCACGGCCACCGAGUUCUACGGGUUCGGAGCCCCAAUGAAUGGUUUGCUGGUUAAUUCGGCCCAAACUAUCAACCAGCCGCAGCAGCCGGUAUCCACAGAAUAUCAACUGGCCGACAGCUUUGGUUUUCAGCCGGUGGAUGAGGUAGAGAACAUCGCACGCAAUUUGGAACUGGUCGACGAGAUCAUCCGUUCUCGUUCGAAAGAUCUUCCCGAUUGCAACGAUGACGACGAUUCUUGCUCGUUCUCCGAGGACGGCUCCAUUUCCAGCUCGUGCCCGAUGAGUGAUUCUAGCUCGUCCUACUGUGGUUCCGCGUAUUCCCGUGAUCAAGACGACGAGUGGAGUCCGUCUAGUGGCAAGAAAAGUUCCAAAGUCUCCGGUGGUGGCGUAACUAAGAAACGCACUCGUGCAUAUGGUCGCGGACACGAAGAUAAAAAGUCGCGCAAGAAGGAGCAGAACAAGAACGCUGCCACACGAUACCGCCAGAAAAAGAAGGCCGAGAUCGAAGAGAUUCUUAUUGAAGAGGGCAAACUGAGAGACAAGAAUGAAGAGUUGAAGGAACAAUCUGCCGACAUCGCUCGCGAGAUACGCUAUCUCAAAAGUUUGAUGCGCGAAGUUUGCAAGGCGAAAGGUUUGAUCUAAUUGCUUUUUUCAGAAACGGAGUUUGAAGAUACUUAAGUACCUUUGAUUUUUUCUCUAAUAUCAUAUUAACUCGUUCCAUUGUCAAACAAUUAGAUCUGUAAGUGAACUAGUGGGUAAGUUUUGUUUUCUUCGAUUCUUCAUUCUAAACUACAAUGCGUGACAGUGUAUUUUGUUUGAGAAUCUUUUACUAGCUUGUAAUCAAGAAACUUAGUGGGUAAGCUGAUAACAUACUGGCCGAAUGUACGUUGUAAAAGUAGCAUUGCUGUAAUCUGUAGUCUUUAGUGAAGUGUGUAGCUCAAUCGAUUAUCGUUAUCCAAUAAAAAUCCACACAUUGAAUCGCUGAUGAAUGCCGUAUAAAUGCUGUCUUCUGUAGUUCACCAUUGCGAGAGAUCAGCUGUAAAAAGAAACACUCGCGUAUGACGUCCGCUAAGCGUGACCGAAGCUUUGAUGUGUUCGUUUUCGAUUGGUCUCUCGGGUGAAACUGUGUUGGUUAUAAGUGGAAGAAUAAAUUUCAAAUUCAAAUGCAUCCCUUUCUACUUGGGCUGCGGUAUUCAUGCACAUUUUAAUAGAAAAUUGAAAUCUUCUUAAUUCCAAGUGGCAUUUUCUUAACGAUGGAUACUGAACAUUUCUAUUUCCCUAGCACUGGCUCUGCUUGUUAGCCACUCACAGUGAAUCGGACACGAUUCGAUAGAGACAGUAGGACGGCCUAAUGAUUUUUUCUACGAUGUAGCUUAAUGGUUAAGAAAAUGGCAUCAUUAAGAUCAUACUGAUGCCAACAUAAUUGCAUUAUAAAGCAUAAAUGGAUAAAAAUAGCUAUGAAUUGUUUGAAAAGUACUCUAUACCAACGUCAAUCGCUGAGAUCAUUUCAACGUUUCUUAGCCUGGAUCUAUGAGUUUUAUUGUGCAAUAAAAAGGGUUAAGAAGAACAGAA